ACAAUGGUGAGGGGGAGAAAUGCUACAGACAUCACCCAGUUCAUCCUCUUGGGGUUCUCAGAUUUACCAAGACUAUUAACAGUGCUCUUCAUUGUGUUCCUGUUGAUAUAUAUUACCACUCUGACAUGGAACCUGUGCCUCAUCAUAAUAAUAAGGAUGGAUUCUCACCUGCACACACCCAUGUACUUCUUCCUCAGCAAUCUGUCCUUCAUAGAUAUGUGCUAUGUGACCACCACAGCUCCCAAGAUGCUCUCAGGAUUUUUUGAGGAACAGUCAACUAUCACUGUCAUGGGCUGUGCUGUUCAAAACUUUGUCUUUUCAGUUAUGGGACUGAGUGAGUCUUGUGUCAUGACAGCCAUGGCUUAUGACCGCUAUGCUGCCAUUUGUAACCCACUUCUCUAUUCAUCGAUCAUGUCUCCCACCCUGUGUGGUUGGAUGGUGCUGGGAUCCUAUAUGGCUGGAAUCUCAGGUUCUGUAUCCCAAUUGUGCGCCAUGUUUCAACUCCACUUCUGUGGUCCCAAUAUCAUCAAUCACUUCUUCUGUGACAUUCCCCAAUUGUUACUCUUGUCCUGCACUGACACUUUCUUUAUACAACUCAUAUUGGCCAUAUUAACAAUGAUCUUUGGGGUAACAAAUGUGUCACUUAUAGUGAUAUCCUAUAUAAAUAUUGUCCUCUCCAUCUUAAAGAUCUCUUCAGCUAAAGGCAGAGUCAAGGCUUUCAACACCUGUGCUUCUCACUUGACAGCUGUUACCCUCUUCUAUACCUCGGGCAUCUUUGUUUAUUUGAGUUCCAGCACUGGAAGCUCUUCAACUCUUGACAGGUUUGCAUCAGUGUUCUAUACUGUGUUGAUCCCCAUGUUAAAUCCUUUGAUUUAUAGUCUGAGGAACAGGCAGAUCAAAGAUGCCUUCAAGAAGCUUUCAAAGAAGAGAGGGUAUUGCUGA